AUGUCCUUCACCCCCGAAGCCCUUCACACGACCUACAGCUGGGUCGCCCAUCUCGACGAUGAAACGCCCCACGCCCUCCACCCUUCCUUGCGGAUGACCGUCGCCCGGGAUUUGGGCAUCUUGCGAGGCUCAUGGACGUUCGAUCCUUCUUUGAGGUGGAUCAGGAGGGAGAAGAGGGAGCCUGUUUGGAGGUACAUCUGCCCUGAGGAGAGGAGCGGGUUGGGGAUUCGAGUCGAGCUCGAGGUGGUCGGUGGGGGUGCGGACGACAGGUUGGUGGCAGAAGUUCGAGGCUUUGAGGAAGGGAUGGACGGCAAUUUGCCGGUCGAAUUCGACUUGGACUUCGCUGGGGACUCCGACGCUUUGGAAGUGAUGAAGUCUUUGAGGGGCAAAGUCAAAGUCACGGUCACUUUCGGGAACUUGCCAAGCAGGCAGAUGGAGACGAUGAUGGUGAGCGAGCAGGCGUCGGGUCAGGGCGUAUGGGACGAGGAUAUAUGUCGACGCUUGUUGGAGCGCGAGAGGCUUUGGAGAGGUCAGUUCCUCCCGUCAAGGAGUCGAUACACCUUAAAGCUCAUACAAACCUACCCCCUAACUCAGCCCACCAAAGCACUCCCCACCCCUUCGAUGUACGCUUCACCUUCGAAGACGACCCUCGUCCCCUUUUCGAGAACGCGGAUUUCCUCGUUGCCAACUCGCCCUACUGGGAAAGCAUGCUCCAGGGUGGAUUCCUCGAAGCGGCCAAGACCACCGACUCUUCCUCUACCGAGCGAAAUUGUGACUAUCCUAUGCACAUCGUUCGAGUGGGAGAAGCGAGGAGGGAGGAUUACCGCGACGUGUUGGUUUGGCUGCGCACGGGUCAUCUCGUCAAUUUCGAAACGGAGGAGCAGGAACAGGUCGAGCACAUGGGUACGAGUAGCUCGACCUUAGAAGGACACGUUCUCGACAUGGAACUGGGCACGCUCGUCAAAGUUUCGGGGAUGUAUCGUCUCGCGCUUGCGUUGGAGCUUGAAUCCCUGCGGUGCGAGAUGUUGCAGUUGUUGAAAAGCCAGAUCGAAGCGGGGUUCGAGCUCGAGGUCCUGUGGGAAGAACUCCCUCUUGAGCAUGAUGACGUGAUAGAAAUGUUGGUUGAGCAAUUGGUUCAGAGAGGGGACUGGAUCGAAGGAACGGACGGCUUCAAGAUCCUUCAAUCAUGGGUGGAGAGUGGGGAGAUGGGCGAAGCCGGGAAGUACGCGCUCGAGUCGCUGGGAAAGAGGUUCGAGAAGGAACGGGAAAAGGUGGAGAGAGAGCGCGAGUUCAGGGAGAUGAGGUUGAUCAGGUGA